CUAAGGUCGACUCGUUUAUUUACUUUUCUACCUCUCAAUCCUCUUGUCUUUCUCUUGUUUCUCUCACGAGUCACGACGAGGCACUGCAACUGCCCUGCAGCAUUCUUAUACACAUCCCGCCUCACCAUGGCUUCCGAGUCAUCUCAGAUCAACCUCGAUGCGGGGAUCGUAUAUGAAUAUCAUCGAAUGCAUAUGGCUGUCAGUCCUGCUAGUGCCAUUUUUUGCCUUUGCAGUCUCGACACACGCGUAGCUACACGCGCAGCACAGCUUUUUCUCGACGGAUACGGAGAUUAUCUUAUUUACUCGGGCGGAUCAGGGAAGCUCACGGCGAAUCGAUUCACGCAACCAGAAGCCGAAGUGUUUGCAGGCAUUGCAAAGAAUUUGGGGGUCCCGGCCAAUAAGAUUAUCGUCGAGCCAAAUUCCAGCAAUACCGGCGAGAAUGUUCGGUUCACCCACGCCCUUUUGAGAGAAUUAGGGCUAGAUGCCACGAGUUUCGUGCUAGUCCAGAAGCCAUACAUGGAAAGAAGAACAUUCGCGACCUUCCGAAAACAAUGGCCAGACCCCAAAACAGUGUUCACUGUAACAAGCCCUCAACUGGAGUUUGCCCAGUAUUCGAAUAAGGAAAAUCCCAGAGACUUGGUUAUUGAAAUCAUGGUGGGAGACUUGAUGAGAAUUCGAGAGUACCCGGCAAAGGGAUAUCAAGUUGAGCAAGAAAUUCCUCCCGAGGUUUGGGAGGCAAACCAAAGGCUUAUACAAGCUGGGUACGACGGGCAUUUGCCUUGAUUCAUAUCUCAAGUUACUAUUAGGAUCUUGUAAUUACUUUCUAUUGCGAGCCUGAAUAGAAGCAUUUUACUG